CGCAGCUCUUUGCGGCUUCCACGGUCACGUGAUCAUUCCUUUCAGGUGAGCGGCGUGCUCAUUGCUAUAGCAACAGAGAGAACAAUGGCGGAGAAGAAGUUUAGCGGUGCUCCUUUCGGCUCACAAAGUGCCAGAUUUGAUGUGUCAGCAGUUCACCCAGACAGUAAGAAGACUGGCUCGUACACACAAGUGCCCUACUGUAGAAGGGCCACCUCGGAGCUUGAGAGAAGGUUGGGACCAGGAACUUAUAAUGCUGAGCAAAGUGAUUUCAGCCCUUCUGUCCUGGAGAAAAAUGCAUCAGCUCCUGCCUGGAAAAGAGCACAAGAAACUGAGAAACUGACUACAAUGCCACACCUUCUGUACAAAGAAACAUAUGAAAGGAACCGGUUAUUGAAGCAGAACCUGGGUCCUGGGCGCUACAACAUAAAAUCAUUUUUGGAUCUUUUAGAGAAGAAACCAUCUUGCAUACGGGGAGUGUGCAGCACUAAGGAAGAACGGUUCAAAAAGAAUGAGCAGUUUUGUACCCCAGGACCUGGAAGUUAUGGUAAAGGGGGAAAUCCGUAUUCACUGUUAGAGGAGAGAGUCUCAAAAUCUGCCAGUUCCAAAGGCAUUAUGGAUACUUCUCCUGGGGAAGGACACUCUUUGCCUAGUACUGGCUGCGAACUGGGACCUGGAACCUAUAAUUUAAAAAGUUCUAUAAAUGAAACCUUGGCUCAUGUAGUUGGUAACCGAGGACCCUAUGACCUUUUCUCUGCAUCACGAGAGCAACCUAUUCUAUAUGGACAUUUUGCUGAACCUAAAAACAGAGGUCCAGAGCCUGGAGCUUAUAAAGUCAAGUCAUUUACUGAAGACUUGGAAAGUCAUCACAGAAAAAAAUAUGGGGUGUUUGGAAAUCUCGCUCAAUAUCCAAAAGUCCCCACCGAACGAAUAUUCAUCAACAGACCAAAAACAAUGGGUAAUCCUGGGCCUGGUCUCUAUGACCCCAAACCAUUUUAUGAACCAAAGAGGCAUUCAGCUGCUCCCUUCCUAUCUAGUGCAAAACGAUUUGAAAAGAAAUCCUGCAGACUCCUUUUUGGGAGUAACAAUCCUGUUGGGGUAGGUCGCUAUGAUGUUGCCAAACAUUUACGUGGAAAGGCAGCAACUCCUUUACGGUCUUCAUUUCUUUCUAAAACAGAACGUUAUCUUUCUAACCCAGCAAGAGACAAGAUUUUAGAGUAA